UGUUGUUUACGUUUCGCAGGUUUCGCCGUCGCCGCCGAGUUCGAUUUAGUUCUUCGGCUGUUUGCAACUGCUGGACUGGAACCAGUUGUUGCAUUUAUUAAAUUUUUUGUUUGUAAAAUUCAACAUGAAUAACUUUAUCAAACAAUUCAAAAACUCGCUCAAGCUUCCGCGGAUCGUUGUUCUCGGAAACGAAAGUUGCGAUCUAGAUUCCGCCGUUAGUAGCAUCGCCCUCGCUUUCCAUCUGUCCAAGACACCGGUGGAAUUCCUGCAGUCGGUCAAGGGAUCGGAUUGCAUCAUACCGGUGCUGAAUGUAACUCGCGAAGACCUACCGCUAAAAACGGAAGUUGUCUACUAUCUCCAGGAGAAUCGCUUUGAACUGAACGAUUUGAUAUGCAGGGACGAAAUCCAACUGCCGGAGGUAAGUGGUGACACGUCCUUCGUGCUGGUGGAUCACCAUGUGUCCCAGUAUCGGGCCAAUGUGGUCGGUGUGGUUGACCACAGGCCGUUUGAUUCGAGCUCGAUGCUGAAUGGAGGGAUAUUCAAGUGCAUUGAACAGGUUGGUUCUUGUGCCAGUUUGGUGACAAAAAUUGUUGAAGAUUCCGGUACUUUAAGGGGCAAGUCUGCUGAUACGGCUGAUCUGCUUAAGUUCCUGUACGGUCCAAUCGUUUUAGAUACGGUAAAUUUCUCCAAGGAAGCCGACAAAGCUCGUCCGUUAGAUUACGAAAUGGCCCAGGCAAUAGAACAGUAUCUCAACAUCGAAAGCAGCGAAGAAACUCGUCGAACAUUGUUCGAUCAACUGGUCGCUAAACGAAGCGACGUUUCUAGUCUCAAUAGUUCGCAAAUUUUGUCCAAAGAUUUGAAAAUUGUUUCAAAGAGAGGUCGUAUCGUAGCCAUACCCGGGUAUCCCAUGUUGGUUCAGGACUAUGUUAAGCUGGAAAAUGCUGCCCAAAGUGUGCAAGCAUUUGCACGGAAAUUCGGUUGCAACAUAAUCGUUCUUAUGGGUAUGAAGGUCAACUCGGAAAACGGAAGCGUAAGGCGUGAUUUGGGAAUAAUCAACAUAAAUGAUCUCAAUCUGCAAAAACAGAUUGUUUCUGCGAUAAUCUCUAAUGCAGUGAUUGACUUCAAUGUCCAAAAACUUGACAAUAUUAGUUUCCUCGAAGGAGAGUUUUAUGAGCAAAUGAAUAUAAAAGCUUCAAGAAAACAGCUUCUGCCCUUAAUCAAUGAUGUGCUUGAUAAUAUAUGCUGAUUUGAA